UGUCUUGGACGCAGCCUGUGGAACAAACCGGAUGUUUUCUGAACAGAAACGGAAGCGGAGAGUUUGAGCGCCGGAGCUUUUUAUCUAUUUUUAAAUAUUUGUGCGAAUGAAAAACUGGUUAUUUAACGGAGGAGGGAUCAGGGAGAUGCAGCCUCUCGUUAUACGUACAGGACGUGAAACGCGGAAAUAAGUUACGUAAUAUGACGUAAACGGCGACUCUUCCCGUGCACAGUUAGCAUGUUCAUUAUUAUUAUUCUGUAACACGUUUCAUCGUCUUUACGUUUCUCACGGAAGAUGUUUCCAGCAGCUAAAGAGCAGGAGGCUGUUAGCAGUCUGUCCAGAAUCAAGUACCAGCGCCCGCCUGCAGGGGGAGCAGAAGGACACAACAUCAUGAAACGGAUUCCUGUGCAGCUGCUCAGAGAGAAGUUUUCCCCGACUCAAAUCAGCAAACCUAAAAUCACUGUGAUAUUAAGCAACAAACCUGUUGCACCAAAAAGAACACCUCCGGACCCCUCUCUUACACAGUUUGUCAGGACGCAGCUCGGGAGUGUUUUAUCUCAUAAAGCAGAUUUGAAUCCUCGUAACUUAAGAGACAAACAUCCACCACAGGAACAGCCUCUGUGUUUAAAGACUAAAGUCCCUCCGAUUUCAAUACCUGCUACUACAUGUCAAAGGUCAGAAACACAUCCAGGUCAUCUCCCCGUCACGGGGAAGCUGAGGGAAGAGAGUGUUCAGGUCUCUUCUAAAAAUCAAGUCCAAGUGGACUCAGCGUCUGAGCUCCCUCCGCCCAUCAACAAGCACAUUUCCCCUCCAUCAGCCAACCCCUCCUCUGGCUUUAAUGUGGUUUAUUUUUCACCCGUCAAGCUUGUGAAUCAAGUCGUUUCUCCACCGAGCGCUUCUGCCCCGCCCUCGUUUAAACUGCUCCACAACACAUCCAAUAAGAGUCCAUGUGGACCCCCGCCCGCAAGAUCUAAGGCGGGUUUAAAGUUGAUUUCACGGGUUCCACAAAGGCCCAACAGCCCCAUCAGAUGGAAGAUUGAAGAAGAGGAGAACUCGACCCCUCCAGUUCCUCCCUCGUCUUCAGUCGCUUCGGAGAUUCUCCGGGCUGUGGCGGAGAGAGAGAGGGCGUGCAAGCAGCCGGAAGUCAUUCAAAAGUUUGUUUCUCCCUCGAGUCGGGGAGGACGAGGAGAAGAAGACGCCCUGGUCCUGUGCAACGGGAAAGUCUUCAAAAAGCAAAGCAAUACAUUUAAAAACAUAAAGAGUGAGUCGUCUACAACAGCAGCAAAAGUCUACGUUUUCAACAAAACAAAAGUGUCUUCUUCUCCUCAAAAAUCCCCGCCGACAGCUGCACCUCCCAGAAAGCUGCUCUACCAAUUCAUCAUCCCGCGUAAGUCGCAUGAAGUCAUCGACCUUUGUGACGAGUGCGAUCAGGAUGACAAGAGUCAGCGAGCGGCAUCACAGCUGACCUAUCCCGAUGAAGACAACGUCCUCUUUAAGUUGUACUCGCCACCCAAAUCUGAGCCUGAAGAUUUGUCUCAGAAGACACAAACUCCAAAGUCUCCUGUGAAGGACGCAGAGCGGGCGAGCACGGGAGGCGACGGAGGAGGAGAGAGAGAAAAGAUCGCAAAUCCUUCACGUGUUUGCGGCGCAGUCGGGGCAAAUACUGAUGAAGGCUCGGGCGCCAAAAGUCAGCCGAGCACCUCCAUCCAGCGGGUGGAGUGUACGGACGAUACUUUGACCUCUGACAGCGGCAGCUCAUGGUCCACAGAGAUGGAGUCCUGGAACGAGGAGAGCUCAGUUGAUCUCGCAUCCCGUCAAAUGUCCGACCGUCUGCUCAGACGGAUGUUUGGGGUCGCGGCGGACGUGAAGAUUUGUCUUCAGAGGAUCGACGACGCCUCGGCUGGAUGUUUUCCUGUAGAGCUUCACCACGGGGAGUUACACCGGGAACCAGCGAGCAAGAUGAGUGAAGAACUUCUUUCUCUGGAUCCUUCCAGUCCGCUGGGCAGCGACGGAUACAGCGGGUCUCUGAGUGUGAAAAGUGAAGAGGAAGUGUCUGCAGACUGUCACACACAUCGUAAACCUCUCCAAUGUUCACAUUUCAACCCGGCAACAGGACCUCUCUCUGCUGUGAGUGACCCUCAAACCGACACACCGAUUAGCUACAUGGAGCCCAUAGAGGAUGAGAGUUUCCUCCACACAAACGGCCCACACAAAGCAGACACCGCUACAGGCACGUGUUCAGACAAACGGAGGAUCGGACGAACAAGAAAGCGCACGACUUGUCCGUGCUGCGUCCCCGGGACUCAAAGUCAGGCCGUGAAUCUUAAUGUCAAACGGGCACUGACGGCAGAGCGGGCGAGAGGAAAGGCUGGAACAAAAACAGCAAGAAAACGUUCAACAACGUCCGUACCGAUCGGGUGUCAAAAUGCAAAGAAGAAAUGUUCAGAUUUUCCAGCCGGUCACGGCUCGUGUUCGGCGUCGGCGGACUCUGACGAGCUGAGGUGUAACGAGGAGAUCAGACAGCUCAGAGCGCUCCUGAAGGAGAAAGAAGCAGCGUUAGAGCUGAUGAGGAAAGCUUCAGCUGACAUGAAACAUCACUAACAGUAACAUUUAAAAACAGACAUUCUGCUGUGCAAGUCUAAUGUAAUGAUUGAUUCUAAGGGUUUGGGUUUAUUUAUUUGUUUUAAAGAAACUUUCUGGAUCUCUCUGUUUGUGUCGAUUGUGGCGCCCCCUGUGGACAAAGCAGCACAUCGCAUCUAUAGGCUGAUGUUUUUAUGAAAAGGUAUAAAGAAUGUUUUUAGACUAAAGGAAAAUCAUGCUGCUUUCUUUUAAAAGUCAAACCGAACACUCACUGUGGCUUUUCUCUGUGGAAAAUGUAAACAAAGGCAUUUUCGUUAAUCGACACGGCGGCAGCAGCACAGAGAUUAAAAAAACAAAUGAU